AUGGUUAAGCUACUUGCUCGCCAUAUCGCUAUGGCUCACUUUGGAUACAGAAAAGAAACCGAGCAUAUGUUUUUUCACGGCUUUGAGAACUACAUGAAACAUGCCUUCCCCGAAGACGAACUGCGACCGGUAUCAUGUCGGCCAUUGACUCGAGAUCGAGAAAACCCGGCCCAUAUAGAACUCAAUGACGUGUUAGGGAAUUACUCUUUGACACUUGUUGAUAGUUUAUCUACUCUGGCGAUCUUGUCGUACCCAAACUCGACUGAUCAGAAUGGCCGCAAGGCGUGGAGAUAUUUCCAAAAUGGAGUGAAAGACUUGGUGGAAUUAUAUGGAGAUGGAUCAGAUGGCCCUAGCGGUAUAGGGUCCCGGAGCAAGGGAUUUGAAGUUGAUAGCAAGGUCCAGGUGUUUGAAAGUGUUAUCCGAGGUCUAGGCGGACUCCUAAGUGCCCACCUAUUUGCUGUGGGUGACCUUCCCAUACGUGGCUAUGAGCCUCCCGUGGAAGAGAGAGAGUUCGCAAAGCUCUGGAAUAAACAACCAGGCAGUAAGGGAGGAAUUGAAUGGGAAAACGGUUUCGUGUAUGAUGGGCAGCUGCUUAGGCUUGCUAUGGACUUGGGAACACGUCUCCUACCAGCUUUUUAUACACCAACAGGCAUUCCAUAUCCUCGGGUAAAUCUAAGAGAUGGGGUUCCAUUCCACCCUAACUCCCCAUUAAAUUCUGGAAUAUGGGCAGAAUACGACAUUGAUGAAAAUUAUGACGAUGAUACCCCUGCUGAGAUUACAGAAAACUGCAGCGCUGGCGCUGGAAGUUUGGUUUUGGAAUUUACUGUGCUCAGCCGAUUGACCGGUGAUGGUCGAUAUGAAGAGUUUGCAAAGAGGGCAUUCUGGAGUGUAUGGGAUAGAAGAAGUGAGCUUGGAUUGGUCGGAGCAGGAAUUAAUGCUGAGACUGGAGAGUGGACUCAGACUUAUACAGGAAUUGGCGCAGGUAUAGACAGUUUUUUUGAAUAUGCAUUGAAAUCACAUAUUCUCCUAUCCGAAGGCUAUCCCCCUGAGUUCAAUGCUUCAGGGCCAUUCCAUGAAUAUGAUAGCUACUUCUUGCCACUUCCAUACCAAGCUCAUUCACCAGAUAGCUUCCUCAAAGUUUGGGAAGAAUCAUUCGAAGCGAUAAAAAACAAUCUAUACCGGGGAUCCAGCUACCAAUACCCUCACUACAUACAAGGCGAUAUAGCCACAGGUGCAACCCGUGCACUUUGGAUGGAUAGCCUAAGUGCCUACUUUCCUGGACUUCUUACUCUGGCGGGAAAUGUCGAAGCGGCCGCCGAGACACACCUUCUUAAUACCGCUCUCUGGACUCGCUUCUCUGCCCUUCCUGAGCGCUGGAAUGUUGCAACCGGGGAUAUUGAAGGUGGCCUUGAGUGGUGGGGUGGCCGCCCUGAAUUCAUUGAGUCUACGUACUACCUUUAUAGAGCAACAGAGGACCCUUGGUAUCUUUAUGUGGGUGAGAUGGUGUUGCGUGAUGUCAAAAGGCGGUGCUGGACAAAAUGUGGCUGGGCUGGCCUUCAGAACGUGAAAAAAGGAGAUCAAAGUGAUAGGAUGGAGAGUUUUUUUCUCGGAGAAACUACCAAAUACCUCUAUCUUCUAUUCGAACCGUCUCACCCCUUAAAUCGAAUCGAUUCGCCCUUUGUUUACAGUACAGAAGGCCAUCCACUCGUGCUGCCAGCAAAGCAGGUUUCUCCACCCCGCCUACAACAUGAAUCGAAGGAACAUAGAAACGCAUCUACAGGGACGUGUGGACCGCCAGCCGUGCGAAACCCCUUUGGUGUAUCUUCUACAGCUGCUCGACCAGAUAUUUUCCAUGCAGCAAGUUUAGCACGUCUGCGUUUGAAGCCACCGAAGACGCAGCCUGAAUCUCCUAUUGUCGAGUUUUCGGUUGACAGCCCCAGUGUAACUUUCUCUGAUUUGGCUUCUCCGUCAAAUUAUACUUACUUUCCUUGGACUCUUCCUCCUAUGCUGGUCCCUGGUGAUGCCGUCAGUUCGCCGAUGGCUGUGAGACCAACUUUGGACUUGACAUUCCCUCCUCUUUCCAGUACGGUUCAAGGACCUCCAAGUUUAGAACGCGUUGAAGGUGGGAUUCUAAUAAAAUCCUUUGGAGGCCUUCGACUGGGCAUGAUUCAAGAUGCACCACUAUAUUCGGGCAAUACCAUAUCAUCCAAAGAGGGGUUUCGUAUACAAGUGGUUAGCAAUAUACCUCUAGGCAAGAACGAGAAGGUUUACGUUUCCCGCGAGACAGCUCGCACACUGAGCCCGACCGAUCCUAACUUCACGCAAACCCCUGACGCCAUAAUGAUGGACGUAAUCAUCGAUGUCAAACCAGAUAUUGUGUAUCGAAACAAUUCUUCCUCAUCCGCGGCGUCUCUCUCUGACCAGGGGACAGUCGUCAGUGGAGGACCCAUUCUUGACUCCUCCACACCAAAAGCCGUUGAAGGAGGCAAACCCGAGAGCCACAAGUCAGCUCUCUCUUCCCUUCUGAGUCACGUAACGGCUCUGAUACGUGAUGAGCUUCAACAUCUCCCAUCCGUCACGCCACCGAUAUUCCGCCGCCCAAUCGCUCGAUUCUCCAUACCUGCCAUUUCCUCCACCGGGAUAGGCUCAGCUCCUGUUCCAGACGAUGAGGAUGCAACAUUUACACCCCCCUCGCCCAAUUCCAAACGCACAGCAGCCCGCCUAUCUUGGUCGAGCAUCUACCUUGCCGGUCACCUAUGUGAACACCGCCUUCCGCCCUCUAUUCCCCGCACUCACCAAAUAAUAGUGGUAAAAAGAGGAGGCUGUACUUUUUCCGAAAAACUGAGAAACAUACCUUCUUUCCGCCCCUCUCGCUCUUCUUUGCAGCUUGUCAUUGUCGUUUCAUAUCCUCAACCUGGAGAUAAACGGCGGAAAUUAACGGCGGACGACGAGUCAUCCCUCAUCCGGCCGUUGCUAGAUGAAAUGCAGACUGUGGUUGGAGGAUUUCCUCGACCUCGCCCGAUAAGCAUGGUGAUGGUUGGGGGCGGGGACAAGACGUACGAAUACUUCAGUCAUGCUCUGGGUGUAGGAAUUCGACGAAGAUAUGAGAUCCAGUCGCAAGGCAUACCAAUCAGCAAUUUAAUUGUUGUAUAG